AUGGCUUCGACCGGAGCAGACAUCUCGACUUUGCCGCCACCACAGGACGACGUGUCUCAUCUGAGUGCCGCAGAAAUAUGGCGAUAUUUCGAGGAAUACAAGAGAUCUGCCAUAUUCCAUCUGAAAAGAUAUCUCGAUCAUCGUAAGACUAUCGUGCAGGAAGGCGGAACCUUGGGAUCGGACUCUCUAGAACUCGUGUUGCAGACGCGGCCUCCGGCAUCCAGUCCUGUCUGGGCUCUGAAAGCGGCUCGGGACAAUCUCAAGAAUGAACUUGACAUCUGCAUACGCUUGCUGGAUGUCCUCUACACCAAGUCAAGCACAAGGUUUACCAUGUUCUCCCUCCUUAGUGUGGCUUUGGUGGCGACCAUCAAGCUGACCGAAAAUGGCUUGAGCACAAUGGCCACAGUGGCUCGAGGGAUCAACAUCACCGCGGUCGCAGCCCUUUCGGGGUAUCUGGGCUACAAGACUACUUGUUGCGGGUCGAUCAGCCUUUGCAAGACAGUAAUGCAACGACUCUACCAGAAGACGGUCGACUAUACUUUGGAAGAGACCGAUCGAAACGAUUUGGAGGGGUUUAAAUUUGCUGUACUUUGGUGGUCUUUGUUGUUGUCAGUUCGUGGUGACUGA